UAUUCAGGAUAUGUAUGCCGUUACAAUUCAAGACUUAGGCCAAGUGUGUCCGAAUGGCAGCAUUAUAUCAACCAACCAUCGAACACCUGUUAACCAUAAUAUUUAUCAUUUAAAUAUAAAAAUUACCAGUGAUGGCAGAGAUAUAGAAAUUGAUUGGGAACAACCCAGUUGCUACCAAGAAUAUUACAUAUUGAUAGAGGUUAAUUUCCAUCCAGACUGGAUACUGAACGAUGCUCAAAGGAGAUGUUUACAUGUUACAGUUACCCGUUUGUCAAAUGAAUGGUUGUACGGCAAAAGCAGACGUAUCAAUUUGAAAUGUCUCGCUGUAAGAUCAAGAAAUAUUGGGACAUUGACAAUUAUCAACAAUAGACAUGUUCAUGACAACAACUGCGGAAAGAAAAGUUCAGUGUCGGAAGCUACUACAUUUGAUCUUGGUUGUCGAAUAAACCAGACAUCUAUUACAGUCGAUAGCUGUUUAACAAUGGAAUUUUGGAAAUUAAGCCGCCAUUUUGAUUUCAAAAGAAGUGAGAUAAUGGUGUAUUGGGAGAACAUCUGCAUGCAUGUAUUUGAUGCCUCUCUAACUGUCCGUUAUAGUGACCCG